UUCGUUCUUGAUUCGUUCAGUUAUGUUGAUAGUCAAAUUAUUGACAGUGAGUUUUUAGCCCAAAUGAUAAAUCAUUUUGGGUUUAUCAACUUAAUUGUGCCAUAAUAAUAAUAACUAUUGUGUCAGUUAGUGGUCCAUUAAAACUAUUUUGUCGUAAAUUGAUACAUUUUAAAAGGAAAAUAAAACUUGUCCUACCUGUUGAACUCGACUGUUUUGCAACGCACCACGUAAAACUCGAUGGAGACCUUAGACCGGGAUAGCCCUACAGGAGAAAUGGCUGGCCCUGACAAAAAUUCCGAAACAUCUCGCCUGGUUUCUUCAAGUACCAGCUCUAAACCAAGUUAUAUAAAUCUUGUCAGCAAUAUUUGUGCACUGGUUUUCGUGGGUAUUAUUAUCUACUGCUGCUUCAAAGAUGGUGCUACUUUGUUUUCCUUUCACCCUACUCUGAUGGCUUUAGGGUGGAUGGUGUUCAUGACAUCCGCUGUGAAUGCAAUAACACCUGGUGACCUGGCUACUGAAUGGAUGCCAAUACGAUUGAGGAGUGCUCGACAUUGGGUUAUUCAACUAUGUGGUGGUAUCAUCAUUACUGUCGGGUUUCUUGUCAUACUCUCCAAUAAAAUUAUUCAUGAGAAGCCACAUUUUGCCACAUUGCAUGCUAAGUUUGGUCUGGCCUCAUUAAUUCUGAUGCUAGGAACAAUGACUGGAGGUAUAGGUGCUCUGUACAGUUUAAAUUUAAAGAGAUAUUUGGCUCCUAUUUAUACUAAAUUGAUACAUGCUACUGUUGGAUUGACAACAUUUUCUCUGGGUAUCAUUACAAUAUUACUUGGAAUAUUCUCGAGCUGGUGGGCCUUUGGUGACAUAUUGCGAUAUACUAAUCUGGUGCUGGUAUUAACUGUUAUGCUGUUCACCAUAUUACGACCAAGCCUAAAAAUAUAUUUUCGCCUUAAAGAAAGACUCGAAAAUGCAAACUGAAUUCUGGAAUGGCGAAUUUCGUAAUUCCAAAGUUCACAUUAAAUGAUCUUAAAAAGGAAAAUAUGACUAGUUUUAAAUAGAUGAAGAAGCACUUCUCUAUAUUCAGUCACAUAUUUAAUUUGCUCUGUGAUAGCUAUUAAAUAUUGGUGUAGCACAAAAGUUUGUGAUAAUUAUGUUAUCCUAUUCUAAUUUAUAAUGCAAUUUUUAAAAAAUGCUAUAUGUUAUGUAUACAAUAGGUUUUAUAUUUUCUUUUUUAUCCAACCAUGGCAAAGCCAAAAGAAAGGAUAUGAUUUUUUUGUUAUUUGUUUUUAUUUUUAAGAAUAAUCUUUUUUAGUUUUAGUUGCAUAAAAUGUCUUCAUAUGCUGUUACUAUUUAAUAUUGAACCCCUUAAAACGUAGCAUGAUUAGAAUAAGAGCAGAAUAGAGUUUAGUACAUUCCCUAGCGAAAGAGACGAGAGAAUGCUAUACAGUACAGCACAAAAGAGACGACACAUUGUAUCACUCUUAUUAUGCUACAUUAUAAUAAGGGGUAUAGUUAUUGAAAAACUUUAAUGUGUAGAAUAAUUUUAUCGACAGGGUUAAAAAAUAAUAUGGAAGUGCUUAUAUAAAGGGGUUAUGGUCAUGUCAUGAGUAAUUACAUCUGUAAAUGCAAUACUAUUUUGUUUGUACUGAGGGGUGCCAACUUUACUAAGAGGGUUGACUUAACAACAGAGGGGUUAAUAAGGCCACAUCAAAGCAAUUCACCUUAAAAAGGAAAAUUGCUUUU